CUCUCUUCUCUCUUUAAGCUGUCAGAUUAAUUAAAUAGUUUAUUUUCUUUUCCUUUCUGUAUCAAGUCUGCUCCAACAAGAGCAAUACAUCUCUACGUUUUAAUCCUUUGUUUCUCACUAAUUUUGCUGAAAGAUGAGUUCCAAUCCUUCAGCAUCUCCCAUCAGCAAAAGGCUAGAAGGCAAGGUGGCAUUGAUAACCGGUGGAGCUAGUGGCAUAGGUGAGUGCACAGCAAGGCUAUUUGUUCAGCACGGUUCCAAGGUCCUUAUUGCGGAUGUUCAAGACGAUCUCGGCCUUGCUCUCUGCCAAGAAUACGGCUCUGAGGAAAUCAUCUCUUAUGUCCACUGCAAUGUAACAGUCGAUUCUGAUGUCCAAAAUGCGGUUGAUACAGCUGUUUCCAGGUACGGUAAGCUAGACAUCAUGUUCAACAAUGCUGGAAUUUCAGGCAACUCCAAAUCAUCUAUCUUGAAUUCUGAUAAUGAAGACUUUAUGAGAGUCCUUAAUAUCAAUGUCUACGGCGGAUUCCUGGGUGCCAAACAUGCUGCGAGGGUGAUGAUUCCAGCUAAGAAAGGGUGCAUCCUCUUCACUGCAAGUGUGGCAUCAGUUCUAUACGGUGAAUUGGCACACGCAUAUACAGCAUCGAAGAAUGCUAUUGUAGGGUUGGCGAAGAACUUGAGCGUGGACUUAGGCCAACAUGGGAUAAGAGUUAAUAGUAUUUCACCCACUGCUGUUGCUACCCCAAUGCUUACAGAUGGUUUGAGAAUGACAAAGGAGGCUGUAGAGAAAUUUGUUGCAUCAGCAGCCAACUUAAAAGAAGCGGUACUGGAACCAGAAGAUGUUGCACAAGCAGCCUUAUAUCUAGCCAGUGAUGACUCCAAGUACGUGAGUGGGGUCAACUUGGUGAUCGAUGGAGGCUAUAACCUUACCAAUCCCUCACUUGCCAUGGCAGUGAAAAGCUUGUUUUCUAAAGUUUAAAUGGAAAACAUUGCUUGCUAUUUUGACAUUCAAAUUGAUUGCGUGUUUCGAUUUUUCUAUGAGAUGUUGCAAUUUACAGGAGUUGGGCUUAAUCUUGUAUUUCAAUG